GCUCUGGAGAAGCCGUGGAGGGGCAGUGUGGUCUGACAGUCCCCGCAGGAUCAGUCGCAGCCCUGCGGAGACAUGCCCCAGAGUCCCCGGCCCGUGCCGACCUGGGCGCUGCUGCUGCGGUUGCUGGCGCUGCUGCGGCCGCCGGGGCUGGGCGAGGCGUGCAGCUGCGCCCCCGCGCACCCUCAGCAGCACGUCUGCCACUCGGCGCUCGCUAUCCGGGCCAAGAUCUCCAGUGAGAAGGUAGUUCCUGCCAGCACAGACCCUGCUGACCCUCAAAAAAUGAUCCGGUAUGAAAUCAAACAGAUAAAGAUGUUCAAAGGGUUUGAGAAAGUCAAUGAUAUUCAGUAUAUUUAUACGCCUUUUGAUUCCUCCCUCUGUGGGGUGAAACUAGAAGCUAACAGCCAGAAGCAGUAUCUCCUGACUGGUCAGAUCCUCAGUGAUGGGAAAGUCUUUGUCCAUCUGUGCAACUACAUUGAGCCCUGGGAGAACCUGUCCUUUCUGCAGAGAGAAAGUCUGAAUCACCACUACCAUCUCAACUGUGGCUGCCAAAUCACCACCUGCUAUGCAGUGCCCUGCACCAUCUCGGCUCCCAACGAGUGCCUCUGGACAGACUGGCUAUUGGAACGGAAGCUCUACGGGUACCAGGCCCAGCAUUAUGUCUGCAUGAAGCAUGUUGAUGGCAGCUGUAGCUGGUACCAGGGACGCCUGCCCCUCAGGAAGGAGUUUGUUGACAUCAUCCAGCCCUAGGGCGGAUCGCCACAACCCUUUGAGAGUCCCAAAGACCAAGCCCUUUUCCUUCCUGGCAGGUCGCUGGCUGUCCCCACCUGCUUCAUGGAUGCCAGACAAGGGGAAGUACCAGGUGGACGGUGUGGCCAGCAUGAGGGCAGGGAUGGGGCAUGUGGCAGCUUGUGUCCAGGACCCCAGUCCAGUACACGUCAGGCCAAGGGCUAGGGAAAGCAGCAGGACUUUUCUCUCCCACCCUCAGCCCUUUAUCCCUGCCUCCGAACCUUCUAGUUGAGCUGGUAUUUGUUGCUGAUUCUGGCUUAGUUUCUUUUUUCAAAGCUAGGACUAUUCCUUUUUCUCCCCAGAUAAAUGUGCUUUCUUUUUAUCUUAACUGAUCUGACAGGGGAGAAAUGAUGACUGUUAUACAUAUGGGAUGGGGUGGGCUUGUGAGAUAUAAGAGCAGAACGUGGGUGACAGUAUCAUAAACAGGCUGAUUUGGAGAAAUGAAAAGAACAACAUCCUCUGGCUGUGUUUCAUCUACUCCUCCUGUCUCAACUCAUUCUGAUCCUCUGAUAUACUUUCAAUCUGUUUAGGGGGGUGACAAAGGGGGACAAGGAGUCAUUCAAUGUGAAGCCUACAGUGUAAUCCCCUCUAUACCAUUCUUGGCACAGGGCCUGGCCCAGUUAGCAAGAAUAGACUUGGGUAUUGUCUGUCCAGGUUAACUAUACUUAAUGACCUCAACUGCUGUCCAAAAGACUUCUUCUCUGUCUCCUUUAGAAAGUCCUUCUCUACUAGAUUACUAAUGUUUUCAUUACUACUUCAAAAUCUUUUUUAAGCUUAAAAAAAAAAAAAAGCCUUUCUCUUAUAGAGUUGAAAUUCCCUCUUCAAG